UAGCAGAUAGGCAGUCAGUGCCGGUAUUCGUUUGUGUGCUGGCCAAUCCCCAUCAUCAAAAUCACGAACAAAACAACACGAUGGAGGACUUCUCACUUUCGUUCUCCUCGAAAAAGCGGCGGCGCAACCGGAUGGGCAGAAAUGCCUGCCACAGCGAAAGCCCACGAACCAGGAACCCCACGUCUGCCCUUCGGACCGCUUCCGCGAUCCUCCUGGUGCUGGCGACGUCCAAUGCUGUAACGAGGAGCAACGGGUUUGGUCCGGUGUCCUUGGUACAGCGGUCCGCGUCGGCUCUGUACUUUUCCGGUUCAUUGAGAAAGGAAUCGGCUUCCGGUGGUGGCGGGGAAGGCGACGAAGGCAAAAACCGCAACAACAACAUAGAGGAGGGGAUCCAGGACUUGUUUGCGACGCUGCCAACCGGAAACACCAACCAUCGGAGUAAAAGCGCCAAACCGCAACGAAAUCGGCCCGGGUCGGCGUCCAAAAACAACCGAAGAAACAGAAACAGAAACAGCAGCAAAAACCAGAACAACAAAAACAGCGAUAGCAAUAGCUCAGCUACUAUAAUAAAAGAAAGAAGCACAAACGGCAACAUCAACAGCAACAUUCCCAUCUCUUCGCUGCUGCCUCCACCGAUCGAUGCAAAACCCAAAAGCCAGGGGACGAGGGCAGCGCGGGCGGAGGACGAUAAGGUGUCCCAGGGCUUGUCGUCCUGGGAGGACUUUCUAGCAGGAGGAACGCCGGCAUCCGCGGCGUCGGAACCACCCACCAAACCAAAGAACGAGGGGAAGGGCAUGGAUCUCAGAACCAAGAAGGGCAGCGAUCGAAACGAAAGACAACCCGUCUCUGCCACAAACGCGGACCAAAACCCGAACGCCAAAAAAGACCUGCUGCCCUCCAUCGCUGAUUUGUUUCCGUCGGACAUGUCCGCUUCGGGUGGUCGCAAGGCGCCCACUCCCAAGACCCCCGGCAGCAACAAAGACGGCAGCACCACUGCGUCUUCGGCGCCGGCCCUGGACGGUGUCCUGCCGGUCAGCGACCUGUUUUACAGGUCCGUUCAGUCGAUGAGCGACGACGACGACGACGACGACGACGACGAUCCCAACGGCGCUGGCGAAAGCGGGGAUUCGUCCCGGCAGAGGGACGACGAAGAACUCCCCUUUUCGGCGGAACAAUCCGAUCAGCUUACUUCCUCGCUUAAUAAAAUCAAAAUACGCCGCAACGGUGCGAAACCAAAACGCUUUGAUUCCACCACGGCGAACGGCGCUGCCAACAGCAAGAGUAGCAGCAACAAAUCGACCCGAAAGAAGCGAAAGCUGCAGCGCAGGGGAAUGGAAAUGCUGGUCGGGGGGGUUCCGAUCAACGCCGAUCCCCCCCAGCGGUACGUCGAGCUCGCCUAUCGGCACGGSAACGACGUGGGCUGGAAGGACGCGAUCACCACCAAUUCCAGGGACUUUGGGCCGAUGUACUACGGCCCGAGCGUCGGCAAGCUGUCCAGGGAAGAGCAGGGAUUGUACUGCGAGUUUUUUGUAAACUCCACGCUCAAGUGGAACGUGUGCCCGAAAGACCUGAGGGCCCUUGCGAACAAGCACGAGAACGACAACCAGAGCGUCGCUCGCACCGACGCCCCCGGGGCCGAAGCCGGCCCGAGCCUCCGGGCCGAGAACUCGACCGGGAUCGACGGAUUGGGUCUGUCCUCCAACUCGACCGAGAGCACCAUGAAGGACGCCCUGAGGAACCGGAUGGUUGGAUCGAUGAAGGAAGCCUUUAGCCGGGCGUCUUCGCUGGGGGACGAGAAGGACCGAGAAGAAGACUCCCACGCGGGGCCGAGCGGCGAGCUGGUCUUCUCCAUCGGUGUCUCCCGGGAGGAGCUCGAGGAGGCCAGCGGGGACGCCCAGACCGCGACGUCGGUCCUCGAGCGGGUCCUGGCCCGGAGCAUCUCGACCUCGUCGCGGUGCACGGGCUUUGSCGUGGCCUUUGAGAAGCUCAAGCUUUCCGACCCCGGCGACGGGACCACUACGGUUUCCGCCGAGUUUGUCCUGACGAUCGAUCACCACGAGUCGAUGGGGUUCGCGGAGGUCAAGAAGAAGUGCAACGAGAUCAACUCGUCCCUGGCGCAGGCCAUGGACGACGGCGACAUGCAGCUCGCCAUGGCGGCCGCCGCGAAACAGGAGGGGGCCUGGCCCGAGGACUUUCGAAACCGGAUCGUCGAGGAGUUUCUCUUCGAGGACGACGACGGGGACGGCCCCCUGGACGAGACGGGCCCGCCGCCGCCGGAGCGGGGUGGGGGGGCCAAGCCGAACCUCGAGUCCACCAUCGACUCGCUGCUGAGCGACCUGAACUACGAGGUCCAGGGCUUCCAGAACGAGGAUCGGCGGGACGUCCCCUUUGGCAUGCCGGGCAGCCCGGUCUACUCCAGCGACGACAUUUUCCUGGGGGGCGGAAACGACGGGGUCUUUUGGAACUACGCGGGAGACAACGCCGACGGAGCCCCGUACAAGGGAAGCCUUGGGCUGCGCAUGGUGGACGCCGUCGUCGAGAAGGCCAAGCAGCGGCACCCCCGGGUGAUCGCCAUCGGGGACGUCCACGGGUGCAUCGACGAGCUCCAGGACCUCCUCCGGGAGUGCGACUACCGCCCGGGCGACCUGGUGGUCUUUCUGGGCGACCUGGUCAGCAAGGGACCGGACAGCAUGGCGGUCGUCCAGAUGGCGAGGGAGAUCGGUGCGAUCGGGGUCCGCGGGAACCACGACUUUGAGGUCGUCCGGUGGCACCAGGCGAUCAUGUCGGGCGUGGAUCCGCCCGUGGUCGGUUCGGAGCACUUCCACAUUGCCAACUGCCUGACCAAGGCCGACAUGAAGUGGAUGUACAGUCUGCCGUGGUACAUCUCGAGCCCGGACCUGGGCGCCCUGUUCGUCCACGCGGGCUUUGUGUCCGGGAUCCGCCUCGCCAAGCAAAACCCGCGGCUGAUGAUGAACAUGAGGAGCAUCCUCCCGGACGGGACCGUCACCUCGAAGUUUUUCAACAACUGGCCGUGGGCCAGGUUGUGGGACGGCCCCCAGACGGUCUUGUUCGGCCACGACGCGGACCGGGGCCUCCAGCAGUACGAGCACGCCAUCGGCCUGGACACGGGGUGCGUGUACGGCGGGAGGCUGACCGCGUGCAUCCUGCCGGAGAAACGGCUGGUCAGCGUCGGUGCGAGGCGGGAGUACUUCAAGUACCGCCGGAAGCACUACGACUGAGGACCGAUCGGCGGCGCGGGGCGGCACGGCCCACACCGCAUCGCACCGCACCGCACCGCACCGGACGAGGCAGGCGCACGGAAACAGCCA